GUUCAUUUCCAAACUGUUGAGUUUGAGAGGUCUGGGCUGCCUGUGUAGAGUGGACCAGUCGGCAGUUUGUAGAGACAGCCUUUAAAGCCCUCUCCUUAGCCUCCUCUGAGUUUGCCUCAGGCAAAAGUGGGCCCCAGUGGAGUACCUGGAUUCUGAUGGAACCUCAUGCAUUUGAAUUACUAGUCCAGAGGGCCUUCACUGUUUACCUGCAAACAGUACCUUCUCUGAUGUCUGGGAGAGGUGGUUUAUUGCCCAUAUAAUUGUUAAGUGUAGAUCUUGAGGAAGAACAAUUAACACCAGAAACCUCACAUGUUGGCUGUUGGGGAGGUGCUUGUCCAUUUUGUAUCCCUUUUAUUUUUUCCCAGUCAACAGAGAUCCAGCUAGAAGGAGCAACAAGACCUUCCAAGAGGCCAUGCUGGAAGAACAUGGGGGUGAGGGGGAUACCUAACCUCCCCCUGCCUCAGUUUCUCAUCUAUAAAAAGGAGGGUGAUAGUAUCAUGAAUCUCACCAGAUUACUGGAGAGCUGAAGGAAGAUGAUGUGUGUAAAGUGCUUAGGGCAAUAUCAUAGCCUGACUUGAUAAGAAAUCAAUGGAGGCCAGGCGUGGUAGUUUAUGCCUGUAAUCCCAGCACUUUCGGAGACUGAGGUUCCUGGUAGAGUUACACAGUUGUGCCGCCAGUAUAGCGACAUGCCCCCUUUGACGUUAGAGGGCAUCCGGGACCGUGUUCUUUACGUAUUGAAACUCUAUGACAAGAUUGACCCAGAGAAGCUUUCAGUAGAUUCUCAUUUUAUGAAAGACCUGGGCUUAGACAGUUUGGACCAAGUGGAGAUUAUCAUGGCCAUGGAAGACGAAUUCGGGUUUGAAAUUCCUGAUACAGAUGCUGAAAAGUUAAUGUGUCCACAAGAAAUUGUAGAUUACAUUGCAGAUAAGAAGGAUGUGUAUGAAUAAAGUAUCAGACCCUUUGGCUUUGGGGAGAGAGGACUCAGAUGAUAGUGGCGAAUGUCUGGCAGUGAGGACACAUUUUCGCAUUAUUGCUGACUCUGACAGAGUGAUUCUGAUGGACGUGUAUUUAAAUUGUAUAAGUGUUUUACUCUUUGAAAAUAAAUCUAUAAAACCAA